AUGAGUGCUCACCGGCCUGGCCCGGCCUUGAAGGAGGCUACGAAGGUCAUUGCCGGGGCCGCCAAACAAAGCCGCUGGCUGCAAGCCGUGGGAACUUUGUGGAAAUUGGAUCGGCAGGCAUUGGAGAUCGACAGCAUCCUCUACACUGCUGCCUUGAGCGCUUGCGACAGGAGCCGACAAUGGUCAGCCGCCUUGGACUUGGUGACUCAUGUUCUGGCCGAAGGUGUCCUCUUGCUGGACCAAGGCUUGAACUACUUAGCACUGGCAUGUCAGAAAGCCUCUGAAUGGCAGAGGCUGCUUCACUUGCUCGUGAAGCCUUGUCGCCCUGAUGACUCUUUGGCCCACGAGGUGGGUUUCACUGCAGGUCUCGAGGCCUUCCCUCAUUGGACCCAGGCCUUAAGCCUGUGGCGCGCCAUGCCCGCGCUGCGCGCGCCUUCGGAUGCCACAGCGCUCUCGGCGCUGGUGACGGCGCUCCGCCCUGCCGCUGAGUGGGCACGGGCAGUGAGCUUGCUUAGCAUAGCCCUCGCAUUUUCAGCUCAGAGUGCGGACGUGGCGCUUUGCAAUGCUGUGUGCACCACCUGCGAAGCGCGUCAGGAGUGGACGCAGGCAGUGGAAGUCUUGCGGAAGAUGCUCGCAGCAGAUUUGGAGCCGGACAUGAUCACCUUCAGCGCCAUCAUCAGUGCCUGUGAGGCAGAUGGACAAUGGGCCUUUGCGCUUUAUGCGAUGCAGGAGCCACUUGGGUAA